CAGCCGUAGGAGCGGGCGGAGCUCCUCCCCGCCGCUUCCAGCUAGUGCUAGCCUCCUCUUUCCGUCAGCAGUCCUCGCCGUGCGUCGUGCGUCGUGCGCGUCCGCGUCCUCUUCCUCGUCCUCAACUUACGGCUCCUCCGCGGGGGAGACCUCGCGUUCCUCCAUCUGGUUAGUUCCGCGCGGUUUCGUCAGCGCGACAGGCACCGCGGACGCCCACCACCCAACGCACGGCACCUAGGGCGCUGACGGCUGCUCGAUGACGCCCGCUUUCGUGUGCUGGUGGCCAUCUGCGGCGGUGUCUCGGUGGCUUCGCUUCGAUUGAAGACGCCCGCGGGGACUCCGAGGACAGGCCGAGGCGUUGGCGGACGAGGCAGCAGCGGGCAGCCCCCUCCCUCUCCGUGGCCUCGCCGCCACCGGGUCUUUCCUUCCAUCUAUGGCGGAGGCAAAAGCCAAAUCGAAGUCCACCAAGAAAGUCAGGAAGACUGCGGCCAGCGCGGUCGGGGAGGACGUCGACGCGCUCAAGUCCGAUGUCGCCUCGUUUGCCUCGUCGCUCGGCCUCGUCGGUGGCGUUGGUAGCUCCUCCGGCUUCGACGACUCUGAUUUCCGCAAGACCGGCCCCAUAAAUCCUUCUAAAACCCCCAAAUCCCCUCAAACAGCCGACGGCCCCCAAAACAGUCAAAACCCUAAACCCAACAAGAAGCCACAUCCUCUCGACAUCCAUGGCCUCAAUGCCGGAGCCAAAUCAGGUGCUGCCACCACCAAUUACCCGCUGAUAAAGGCGGCUGCUCUGUCUGGGCAGUGGUGCGCAGAUGCUGAUGAGCUGGAGGCAAGUAUCCUAGGCGCUCGGAAGCAAGUCCUGCCAUCCAUGGGGCUUCAGGCGAUCCAUAAGAUUUUGGAGCAGAAGCGAGAGCUGGCAGAGAAGCUUAUGAUGCAGUACACAGCGGAAUAUGACUUAGUGAAGCGUGGUAGUGGUGAUCUGAAGCUCCUGGAGAUAUCGGCAAAGUCUGGCACAUCUGCUGAUAAGGUAUCAGCAUUCACAUGCCUCAUCGAGGACAAUCCAAUUGCAAAUAUGAGGGCACUUGAUUCUCUCCUUGGUAUGGUUACAUCAAAGGUUGGUAAAAGAUAUGCGUUCACAGGAUUUGAUGCAUUGAAGGAGUUGUUCCUCAAAAGGUUAUUACCUGAUCGCAAGUUGAAAAGUUUUAUUCAGCACCCAUUAGAUGUUCUACCAGAAACAAAAGAUGGGUACUCACUUCUCCUCUUCUGGUAUUGGGAGGACUGCUUGAAACAGAGGUAUGAGAAGUUUGUUAUUGCACUCGAGGACGCAUUAAAAGAUAUGCUUCCAAAUCUCAAGGACAAAGCAAUGAAGACGGUUUUCAUCCUUUUAAAGGAAAAAGCAGAACAGGAACGACGGUUACUUACAGCUCUUGUUAACAAACUUGGAGAUCCUGAAAGGAGAGCAGCCUCAAGUGCUGCAUAUUUGUUAACAAGUCUCCUAUCUGCUCAUCCAAAUAUGAAGAUGGUUGUGAUAGAUGAAGUGGACUCAUUUCUCUUUCGGCCACAUGUUGGUCUUAGGGCCAAAUACCAAGCUGUCAACUUUUUGAGCCAGAUUUUUCUUACCAGUAGGGGUGAUGGGCCGAAAAUUGCCAAGCGUUUGGUGGAUGUUUACAUUGCGCUUUUCAAGGUACUCAUGUCUUGCUCCCAUGGUGCUGAAGGAGUUCAAAACAACAAAUAUGGCAAGAAAACUACUGAAAUUGGGAAACCAAAGGGAAAAAAGGAAAAGGGAAAUGACUUCAAUUCUCAUGUAAAGCAUGGAGACCCUUCUGAAGGAUCAGACUUAGAGAUGGACUCCAGGAUUCUCUCUGCACUUUUAACUGGGGUAAAUCGAGCAUUACCAUAUGUUGCAAGCUCAGAAGUUGAUGAUAUUGUGGAAGUGCAGACACCUAUUCUUUUCAGAUUGGUGCACUCUGUAAAUUUCAAUGUUGGUGUACAGGCAUUAAUGCUUUUGUACCAAAUAUCUACAAAAAAUCAGAUUGCAAGUGACCGUUUUUACCGUGCAUUGUAUGCAAAACUUUUGAGUCCUGCAUCUGUUACUUCAUCAAAGCCAGAAUUAUUUCUUGGUUUAUUGGUGAAAGCAAUGAAAAACGAUGUUAUGUUAAAGAGAGUGGCUGCGUUUGCAAAGCGAUUGCUUCAGGUUGCCCUUCAACGGCCUCCUCAAUAUGCUUGUGGAUGCCUUUUCAUACUGUCGGAGGUCCUUAAAGCAAAGCCACCAUUGUGGGCAAUUGUGCUCCAGAAUGAAUCUGUUGAUGAUGGUAUUGAGCACUUUGAAGACAUUGUAGAGAAUCCUGAUGGUCCAACCUCGAUAACUACAGAGAAAUGCAAUGAUAGAUUAGCUACUGUUGAGAAAUACAGUUCUGAUGCUGAGAAUGGCUGUGAUACUAUAGAAUGUGCAAGUCCAGUUGCAUCUGCUGAGAAAGAUGGGAAAGGUACAUCAGCUGAGGGGUCGACACUACAUGUAUUUUAUAAUCCGCGACACAGAGAGCCUUCUUACUGCAAUGCAGACCAUGUCUGUUGGUGGGAGCUUACUACUUUGGCCUUACACGUGCACCCAUCAGUAUCUACUAUGGCUAGGACAUUGUUAUCUGGUAACAAUAUCAUUUAUAGUGGUGAUCCGUUGACAGAUCUCUCUCUCCCUGCCUUCCUUGACAAAUUCAUGGAGAAGAAGCCAAAAGGAAACCGCAUAGCUGAAGGGAAAUGGCAUGGUGGAUCACAAAUUGCACCAGCUAAAAAGGUUGAUCAACGUCACCAUCCCAUUGGAGAAGAGCUACUAGAACUAGCUGAAAUGGAAGUUCCUCCUGAAGAUGUUGUUUUCCAUCGUUUCUACAUGAACAAGACUGGCCCUAUUAAACCUAAAGCAAAGAAGAAAACCUCAGUUUUGGAUGAAGAUACUGGAGAACUCUUUGCACAUGAUGAUGAUGCCAGUGAUGAAAGUGACGAUGAGAUGCAGGAGCUGGGAAUUGGCUUGAUAGAAGAUGAAGGAUAUGAUUAUGACAAUCUCGAUGCGACAACAUUUGAGGAGGAAGGGGAUUUGCUUAGAUAUGACAGUGAUGUUGAGUUGCAUGACAUUUCAGAUGAUACCUCUUCCGGACUGGAUUCUGAUAAUGAAGCCGUUAAAAGUGCUAAGGAUUCAGAUGGCAACAACAGUGAUGGAGAGGAGUCGGUUCUGGGGCAAAAGCGGAAACAUGCUGCAAAGAGUGGAGAAUCGCCCUUUGCAAAACUAGAAGACUAUGAACAUCUCAUGGAUGUGGAAGCAGAAAAGGUAACGUUGAAGACACGGCGGAAGCAUAGGGUAAUUGGAGACACUCCGAGUAGUAAGAGGAAAUCAGUAGCACGAAAGAAAAAGUCGAAGAGAUCAGAAUGAGAUGACCAUUUUUACCUCUUUCGUGUUCAUAUUGGUGGCUAUAGCUUCCAGUUUUGAGUGUCGCCCACCUUUUUCUUUUGGAGAAGUCGCAUUUCGAGAUUCGGGACUAUUUAGGCAGUAAUUGUGCGUGUGAUCGAUGAUGAGUCAAAAAUGUACUCAACUCUUUGGAAUCAUUGAUAUGAAUCUUGCAUUACCUUUGCACAAUUGCACCAGUAACUGGUAUCA